CAUUUGAGAAAACUCUCCAUUCUUUACUUUUUUCACUCUGUCUUUGCCCAUUUACCACUAGGUUGUCAUGAUAAUUAUAAUCUUUGUCUGGUUUGUUGCAGUAGUAGUACUCCACUUUUGGAUCCUUCUUUGACGUUUCGUGGCAAUGUGUUGUAGUGGUUUUCUGGGCACUACUUAUAGAGGAGGAGAAAUUAGGAGACUGAAAAAAUAGUCUUUUUUUUUUUUCUGGGGUUUGGGAGAAGUUGAGGAAAAAGGGAAAAAAAAGAGAAAAAAAGAGGUUAUAAUAAUAUGCGUGGUUUUAGUAAUACUGUAGGUGGAGUUGGGGAAGAAAAUGAAGAUCAAGUAAGCAGGAAGAGAGAGAAUGGAGAAGAUUCUUGGGCUGGCUUACUUGUUCGUGCUCAGCACAGGCGUUCUAAGAGUGCUUCUGAUAGGAACUCCAGUGCUCUCAGAUGUGGAUUAUCAAGUUCCACGAAGGACCAGAACGAAACAGAUGCACCAUUACCUUCAACAAGUGCUCCUAGGGGACAAUGUUCUCUGCAUGACAAUUCUAUCUACACUAACAAGAAUAUACCAACUAAGCACCGAGCCUCUUUGGAGAAAGAUAUUGAGCAGCUGCAGUUGCGUUUGCAGCAAGAGAAGUCGAUGCGCAUUGUCCUUGAGAGGGCGAUGGGCCGCGCUUCGAGUACUUUAUCUCCUGGGCAUAGGCAUUUUGCUGCUCAGACAAAGGAAUUGAUAGCUGAAAUUGAGUUACUUGAGGAAGAAGUCGCGAACCGCGAGCAACAUGUUCUCUCUCUGUACAGAAAUAUUUUUGAAAAUUGUGUGAGCAGACCGCCAUCAGAGCAGAACUCGAGUAUGACUUCUCCUGCACUUCCGAAGCAUGAAUCCAGGAAACAUCCUAGUAUCAUAUCAAGUGCAUUUUGUUCAUCUAAAAAGUUCCCUUUCCGGCCAUGGCAAGCUCUAGUUUCUAUAGACGGCUCGGGGAAACGAUCCACUAAAACCGGUCAUGUUCAUUUGUCCAACGGUAGAAAUGACACUGAUUCUGUAAAGUCUUGUUCAGGCUCAAACAAGGUUCCAGCGGCAGAGAAAGCUUCUAUACUGAGAACUCUGAGAGAUCACCUCCACCAAUGCCCAAGCAAGUUGUCUGAGGAAAUGGUCAGGUGUAUGGCCAUUGUUUGCUAUUGGCUUCGUGGUACAGCGUCUGUAAGUACCGAGAAAAACCGAUCGCCUUUCUUGUCAAGGUCAUCCACUAAUGUCAUACAGCCUCGACGCGGUGUUGGGGACGACCAAGACUGGUCUGGACAAUCCAUGGUAGAAAUAUUGUGGAUAUCAACUGAUAAGAGCCAGUUUUCUCAUGCCUCCUGUGCCAUUAACAACUACAGAGUUUUAGUUGAACAGCUGGAGAGAAUAAAUGUCAGUCAGAUGGAAACAAAUGCUCAGACUGCAUUUUGGAUCAAUGUGUACAAUGCUCUUAUUAUGCAUGCGUAUUUAGCAUAUGGCAUUCCAAACAGCUCUCUAAGAAGGUUGGCUUUGUUUCACAAGGCUGCUUACAACAUUGGCGGCCGUGUCAUCAGCGCAAACGCCAUAGAGCAGUCCAUAUUUUGCUUCCGAACACCCCGUAUCGGAUGGUGGCUUGAAACCAUCCUUUCAGCCGCCUUAAGAAAAAAAUCCGGUGAAGAUAGACGACUCAGUUCGAAAUUCGGUCUUCCGAAUUCCCAAACCUUAGUCUGCUUUGCUCUCUGCUCUGGAGCUUUUUCUGACCCCAUGUUGAGAGUCUACUCGGCUUCAAAUGUUCGAGAAGAGCUGGAAGAGGCCAAAAAAGAGUUUCUCCAAGCCAAUGUAGUAGUAAAAAAGUCAAGGAAAGUGUUUCUACCAAAGAUGCUUGAGAGAUUUGCAAGGGAAGCAUCUUUUGGCUCGGAGGAUCUCCUGAAAUGGGUCGCCGGAAACGUCGACAAGAAGCUGCACGAUUCGAUACAGAAAUGUCUCGGGUGCAAAUCGAGCAAGAAGGCGUCUCAGAUCAUGGAAUGGUUGCCUUACAGCUCAAGGUUCCGGUAUGUACUCUCGAAGGACCUAACCGAAAAGCCAUGGUGGGUGUGACAUUUUUUUUUUCUAAAUUUUCCCUCGAUGUGCUAUUGUAGAAAUUCACGAGGUCACUAAUUUUUAAGGCAUUGGCAAAUUGCUUAGCAGAAGGGACAACAUUCUUAUCUCACACUAGUCAAUUAGUGUUACCUCCAUUUACUUUUACCUUUGAUCUUGGUUUUCUUAGCCACCACUUUUUGGAUUUGUAGGCACUUUUUGUUGUAGCCUACAAUCCAAAAAGUCCAUCAUUUUGUACUCUAAUUCAUUGUAAUUAGCUCAAUAGUCUAAUG